AUGGCAGGAGGAGUGUCGGUAAUCGCACAGCCUAUGGCGGAGGAGAAGCUGCUCAAGAAGGUGCUGAAGAUGGUGAAGGCCGCCUCCAAGGGCAAGGUGGUCAGACGAGGAGUGAAGGAGGUGGUGAAGGCUGUUCGCAAGGGAGAGAAGGGUGUGUGUGUCAUAGCAGGAGACAUCUCCCCAAUCGAUGUCAUCAGCCACCUGCCCGUCCUCUGCGAGGACAAGGACGUUCCGUAUGUCUUCGUUCCCUCCAAGGAGGCGCUCGGCACAGCAGGGCAAACCAAGAGGCCAACCAGCUGCGUGCUGAUCAAGAAGCCGUCGGACGAGGAGGGGAAGGAUAAGUACGACGAGAUCUUCAAGAAAGUGAAAGGCAUGCAAGUCUAUUGAGCUCAAGCAGAUAUCAACCCACUGGACCAUCAGUUUUGUCUUGCUCUGUUCUUGCAGUCUUGGUCUUGUUCCACCUGUUUGUUCGAUUAAUUUUGUCACUCUUCUAUCUUAGCGCGUUGAGGCAGAGGAGCCUCCAAUCUUGCAUGCGACUUUUACGCUCAAGGAUCUGUAAUGUAAUAAAUCUUCUCUUGUAAUC